AUGAUCAAGAUGGCGAUGACGAUGACGAUGACGAUGGCGGCCGCGAUCACGAUCACGAUCACGAUCACGAUCAUGCUCACGCUCAACCACUUCGAGGAGCUGGUGCAGGCGGCCGAGGCGCUGACGAAUCAGGGCCGGUUCAUGGAGGCCAUUCCCAAGCUGAAGAAAGCGCUCAAGACGCUGCCCAAGCACGCGCAAGCCGCCUUCCUCCUCGGCCUCUCGUACGCCUCGCUGGCCGAGUCUGGUCGCGGGUCGCACUACUUUGACGAUGCCGGUGUAUGGUACGAGAAGGCCAUCGAGCUGGGGACCGACUCGGUCCGGUUCGCCAACUUUGCCACGGUGGCGCACUCUAACGUGGGCAACAUCCGGCAGAUGCAGGGCGAUCUGGGCGCGGCCAAGCGGCACUUUCGGGCAGCAAUCAAGCGCAAGAUGGACGGCUUGUUUGAGCCGUACCGGUCGCUGGGCAUGGUGUAUGAGAAGCAGGGCCUCAUUCCGCAGGCCAAGAGGGCUUUUGCCAAGUCGCUCGCCAUGCACACUGAGGACGCGCUGCGGUUGCACAUGGCCGACAUUCUCCCGCUUGUCUACUCGUCGCAGGACGAGCAGGAGCAAGCCGGGAAGACAUACGUGGCGGCGAUGGACACGCUCUAUCACGCGUCACCGGGUGAGCGGAUUGCGAUGAACAACCCGCUCAAGGAGCUGUUCUCGGUCCCGCACUACUACCUCGCGUACCAUGGUGUCAACUACGUGGAGACAAUCAAGCAAGUGGCGGCGAUUGUGGGCCGGUCGUCGCCGGACAUUCCGUACACCGCGCCAUGGCUCCUCGGAAAGUCGCGUCGCGAGGCGCUCGCCGACGCGGCCUCGGGCUCGCGCCGGAUCCGGGUCGGCUUUGUCUCGAUGUACCUGCGCUCGCACUCGGUGGGCAAGUUUAUCGCCGGCACCAUUGCGCAUCUCGACCGUGACAAGUACGAGGUUGUGGUCUUUGCUACCCGCGAGACGUACUUUGAGCCCGACGAGGGCGACCGGUUCCGGGCGCGGAUCAAGGCGCGGGCCGACACGUGGCUCGACCUGCCCAAGGUCACGCUCAGCGGCCUCCGCAAGCCGAUUGCCGACGCCAAGCUCGACAUCCUUGUGUGGCCGUCUGUGGGCAUGGAUCCGGGCAACUACCUGCUCGGCAUGGAGCGGCUGGCGCCAAUUCAGAUCGCGACCCACGGGCAUGCGUCCACCACCGGCCUCCCGCUCAUCGACUACUUUGUCUCGUACGCGGCGUUUGAGACUGAGGAGGCGCAGGAAAACUACUCUGAAUCGCUCAUCACGCUGCCAGACUUUCUGUACUACUACCCGCCAACGCUUCCGGCGAACGUGCCAGACCGCCUCGAGCUGUGGGCCGAGCUCGGGCUGGCGGCGACUAUUCCGCCCAUGGCGCACGUCUAUGCCUGUCCGCAGACGCAGUUCAAGCUCGCGCCCGACUUUGACGUCACCUUUAAGGCUGUGCUCGAGGCUGACCCGGCAGGCGUUCUCCUCCUCAAGACCUACUCGUCGCCGGAUCUGGACGCAAUCCUGGUCCGGCGAAUGACCAAGGCGCUCGGGGCCAAGCUCAUGGAGCGGGUCGUCGUCCUCCCGCGCCUCACCGGCCCACAGUGGUUCGGCAUGCUCGCCGCUGCCGACGUCAUCCUCGACUCGUAUCCGUUUGGCGGAUACACCACUACGCUCGAGGCGCUGUACAUGGGCACGCCUGUUGUCUCGCUCCCGCACCCGAGCCUUAUGUCCGGCCGCUGCACCCUCGGCUUCCUUCGCAUCCUCGGGCUCGACGACGUGCUCGGUGCCGAGUCGCGCACCGACUACGUCGACCGCGCCGUCCGCGUCGCAAGCAACGUUGAUGGCGUCGGUGACGACAUCCGCGCCCGCAUCGCCACCGUCAAGGACUCGAUCUAUGAGCGGACCGCCGCGCUUCGCGCUUGGGAGCGGCUCUUUGACGAGGCCGUCGCUGGCGUCCAGCCAACCGACCUGCAUCUGGCCAAAAUCGGCGCGCCCACUGACGCCAUUGUCAGCGCCGUCGCCGACCCAGACCAUGUCUUUGACGUCUACACGCCGUAG